CCUAUUUUCCCCAAGAAGCAAAUUAUUUUAUCAGGUUUUCACUUCUGUGUUUCCUCUUGGAAGUACGUGUGGAGUGUCGUAUCAGUAACAAUGGCUGCUGCUAUAAAGGAACUACAGGCGAUGGAGAGGCAUCUCCAAGAAUUGGGAGAGAAAUUCCAAGAAAAACAGAAAGAUCUGCAGAAAAGUGCAAGGGCCCGCGAGCAUCUGGAAACCCAGCGGCAAGAAAAUGUCAUGGUCAAAGAGGAGCUGGAUCUGCUGGCCGAAGAGGCAAACGUGUUCAAGAUGGUCGGACCCGUUCUUGUGAAGCAGGACUUAGGCGAGGCGCGCAUGACGGUGGACAAGAGAUUAGAAUAUAUCAAUAAAGAAAUUGCCCGUUAUGAGAAACUACUAGCGGACGGCCAAGGCGAGACUACGAAAGUGCGCGACAACAUCCAGAAGGUGCAGGGCAAGUACAAGCAGCUGCAGAUGGCUCUUAUGCAGCAGCAGCAGCCCCGGUAGACCAGCAGGCAUUGUAGACCCUUGUCUUGCUAUACUGAGUGAACUGGCGUAAUUGAGCAGUGAAGUGUGGUAUGUACCUCGCGUUGUCACCGUGGCUUACCUAGCAUUGUUGGUAGUGCUGGUGGGUGUGCUGCGGGGCUGUGACGUGGCAGCACCAACCAGCACUUUGUGUAACAAUGUAUCCCCGUCGCCUGUCACUGUGUGCGGGGCGAUCGUGGGAUGGUGUGUUGAGUAUGUGUGUACCUGCUGAGGUCAUGAUGUAGCCUAUGGUGUGUACAGGACGUGUACCAAGCAGCACUGUCAUCUCUGUACCUGUGUGCAUGUCCAUGAACUCUGUCUACAUCUCUUAUCUGCUCUGUGCUGCAUGCUGGUGUGUCCCUGCUGGACGUAUGCACAGUCCACCAGCCAUGUGCUUGAUGCUACGUUUCAAGAUAUUUUUUGUUUACACUGAGCAUGUGUACAUAGUGGUAACACGGAUGUAGUUCUACUCAUCGCAUUUCUCACGCUCUACGUCCCAUGCCAGCAUUGCCCCUAAAUCUGGUGUGGAUUUUUAUAAUAAUUAUUAUUAUACAAAGCAAAUGAAGUCA